UAGUUUCGAGUUUUGUGCUGUCGCUGUUAGUUCGGCCGCAAAUUGAAGUUUAGUUCCUUUCUGGCUGCUGUCAAAUGUCGUCAUGUUUUCUUUAACGUACGCGCGACGCGGCAAUAAACAACAAAACAUAAAAUCCAUGCAAUAAUUUGCAAACAGCAAACAAGUAAUUUGUGAAAGACGUGAAAGAGUGAAAAAAUAUAGAAAUUCACAAAACAAUAAAUUAAAUUAAUUAAUUGAAAAAUUUGCAAAUAUUUGGAACAAACUAAUAACAAUUAAGUGAAACAUUAAGACGCUCUGUCAACGCUAGCACAUUGGAUUACGGCGUUUGACUGAUAAAAAAAUAAUAAAAUAAAAUUAACAGCAACAACAAUUCAAGCAUUGGUUAAUUUAAUUAAAUGCCAAGCGAUUUAAAAUUAGUUAAGGAAUUAAUUCCAGCGAUGCAAACAGCUGUAAGCAGCAUUUCGAGUGAAGCGAGUGAUAACGACAUAUUUUGGAAGCACUAAAAAAUUUUCGAAAAUUCAUAAACUCUAGUGUGCAGUGCAAGGCAAUUGAAGCAGAAUAAACAAAACUAAAUUGUGAAAGUUUUUUAUGCACAAAACGGAGGAAAAUUAAUCCAAAUUAAGUGCAAGUGACAAAAAAAUUGCAGCAGUCAACAAAAUUGUUACAAAAACAAAUUAAAUUUUUACAGCUAACCGGUUCGUGUUCGAGUGAUUUGCACAACAAAACAAAAACGCAGCAACAACAACUGGUGUACUGUUUGUUUGUGUUGCAGCGGUGAAAUUUUGUUUGACGAAAGCCAAGAAAUCUAACAAUAGCAAGAAAGCCAGUUGCCAAAAAUUGGAGCAAUGCAAUAAAAAGUGCUGGCAACGCAACAAAAAUAUUUCACAAAACAACAGCAAACAGUGUGAAGUAGAAAAAUUAUUUAAACAAAAAUUUUGCAAUAAUUUUUGCGAAAACAUAUAAAUCAGAAAUUAUAUGAAAAAAAAACACAACAACAACAACGCACAAUUUACGCUGAUAAGCCGCAAUCUCUAACAAGGCACACGCCAUACAAAAUUAAUAAGAAUGUUAAGUGAUUAAAUAUGAGCAAAAACUAGGCGAAAGCGAAGACAAUUUUUAAACAAAAAAUGCGCAUAAUUGAAUUUGUGGCAAAAUCAAAAAUAUUCAAAUACAGGCACUAAAAUUGUGAGUGAGCGCAAAAAAUCGCAAAAGUGUGACAAAAUAUAAUAUUUUAUACACAAAAACAAAAAUUGUGAAAGAAAACAAAUUUUCAAAAAAUUAAACAAAAUUUCUGCGCAAAAAAUAAAAUUGUGCUAGCAACAAUAAAAACUCGUAAAUUCGUUGUUGGACCAAGAAGUUGUGCGUGAGCAAAGUAAAUGUGCAGCGUUUAUGCCUUAAAUGCAAUUGCUGACUGCUAAAAUUCCUCAACGAACGCCAGCACGCACCACAACGCUGAGCGCUCACACACACACACACAUGCUCAAGUAGUGACUGUGUGAGCGAUAAGUUGCAAGCAACAAAAGAACACGUGCAGCUGACUAGAGCGAGCAGCAACAGCAGCAGAUAAGCCAUAAAAUGUAAACAGCAGCUAAGGCAACAACAAAAACAAUAGCAAACAGCAUUCGCAAAAUAGUCCAGAAAGAUUUAAGUGUGUGAAUGUGAAAAGAUAACGACGAAAUCAACCUAAAUUCCAAGUUCCUCAACUCAAAUGUAAUUCGAAAGGAUUUUCAACACUUCAACAGUAUUAUUGCAAAACAAAACAAAACUUAAGUAAUUACAACAACACAUAUUCCUAAUAAUUAAAAGUGUAAGCGAAAAGAAAUUUUGUGCUGAAAACAAAUUGCGAACAAAACAAACAAGAAAAGUCAACAGAACACACAGUAUCGUCAAAAAAUCCAACGACAACAAAGAAGGCAGUGUAAAUUGUCGCAGGCAUUUUCGGUGUGUUGAUUGAUUGGUGUAAGCGGCCGCAAGAAAGCCAGUGUUAAUGUGUGUUUUUUCGAGCGAUGCAACUGAUUGUUGACAAAAUUCCCAUGUUUUCGAAACAAACAACGAAACGCAAUUCCAAAAAGUAAGUUUGGCCCAACAAAAUUGUUAAUAAUUUUAUUGAAUUAAAAAUAUAUGAACGACUAUCUAUUACUGUGCCGUACGAAAUACGAAAUAAGUACUAAUUCGUAAAUCGAAAAUAAUCGAAAUUCGAAAAAAGUAUUUAAAUACAAACACAAAAAUAAUAGCAAUUGCUUGCAAAGCCGCCCUGAGGCAGCAAAAAAUUCGCGCUCUCCAUUUCCAUGUGUGUGUGUAAUUGGUGAAGUGACAUUAUUUGCACGAAAAGUACCGUAACAAUAUUUUGCACUUCAGAAACUAGUAUGAAAUACCAACAAUAAUAACAAAAGCAACAACAACAACAACUAAAACAACAAAUCGUUACAACAACAAUAAAUUCAAAUUUUGGCAAUCAGCACAACAACAGCAGCUACUGCCAUUUGCACAACAACAAAAACACAAUUGCAUUGAUACUGCUCCUACCACGGAUUUGUUAAUUGAAAUUUAGAAAAAAUGAUGAAAUGAACGCCGGCAACGGCUCCUCGAGGGCGCCAGCCUCCGGGAGCCAGAUAUCACCACAACUACCCGACGUACAAACGCAGCAGCAGCAGCAGCAACAACAACAACAACAACAGCAGCAUCAACAGCAAGCGCAACAACAGCAGCUGCAGCAUCAGCAACAACAAUCUGUACAACAAAAUAAUAACACAUACGGCAACUAUCCACCCAUAUACAACUCGGCGGGCGCACAGAAUGGCAUCACACCACCAAUCGGUCAGUACUCCAUGGGUGAGCCCGAUACAUUGCGCACACUAAAGAAUACAUUUGGCCCGAAUUCGGAAUUUACGACAAGCGGCUACGGCAACUAUAGUAAUAUGGUAACGGCUAAUGGUGGUGGUCUGCAGCAGCAACAACAGAUGGAUAAUAUGAGCGGCAUGGCCGGUGGAUAUGGGCAGAUGAGUGCCAAUCAAAUGCAUGGUGGCAAUGUGCAAAAUCUCUACAUGAAUGGCAACAUCGGUGCAACCGGCAGCGGCAGUCCAAGUGCGACCAAUAUGAAUAGCGCCGGCGGCAUUGGCGGUGGCGCUGGUGCCUCCCAAGUGGCUGGCAAUCCAAAUGUUAACAUGAAUGCCGGCUCCAACAUGCAAAUGGGUCACAUGAAUGCAUACAAUGGCGGUGGUGGCGGCCCCAAUGGCAAUCCCAAUAUAGCGCCAUCUAGGCAUCAAAUGAACCCAAUGAAUCAGAUGCAGAACAUGAGUAUGGGUGGCGGUCCACAGAUGACGCCACAGCAGCAGCAGCAGGCCAUGAGCGGCCUUGGUCCUAUGGCCAAAAUGCAAGGCAUGGCGAACGGUGGUUAUGCGCGACGCAGCACACCAUAUCCCAGCGCACAAAUGCAUGCGGCGCAGAAGCGAGCCAGCUACACAUCCAUGGGUAAUCCGUCGAUGCAAAAUGUUCCUCCGCAAAUGAGCAUGCAACACUAUGGCCAACAGAUGCAUCCGCAAGCGGGUAGCGGCGUGCCAGUACCUAUGCAAGCGGGCGCCUAUGCCCGUGGCGGUCCAAUGGGUGGCUAUGCUCGAGCUAAUGCAAUGGGUCCAGUCGGUAUGGGCCCCGGUGGCAUGGGUCCGGGUGGGAUGGGUCCAGGUGGUAUGGGUCCUGGUGGCAUGGGUCCAGGUGGCAUGGGUCCCGGUGGCAUGGGUCCUGGUGGAAUGUGCCCAAGUGUUAUGGGUCCAGGCGGUAUGGGUCCUGGCGGUGUGAGCGCAAUGCAACGUGGCAUGCCACAAGGCCCAGGCGGUUAUAGUGCCGCUAUGGCGCAUCAACAGAAUCAAUACUAUCCAGGCGUAAAUGGUGCUGGUGGUCCUGGCAUGGGUCCGGCUGGUCCGGGCGCCCUAACGAAUACCGGUUCCAUGUACCAGAAUCAAGGUUUCCAGCAAAAUUACCAACACAGCCCAGUUCCUGGUAAUCCGACGCCGCCAUUAACACCUGCCUGCAGCGUUCCAUACAUCAGUCCGAAUCCAGACAUCAAACCAAUUAUGGACAACUGCGAAGAGAUGCGACUGACAUUCCCCGUCCGUGAUGGCAUCAUACUUCCACCGUUCCGCUUGCUGCACAAUCUCUCCGUCAGCAAUCACGUAUUUCACUUGAAGCAGAAUGUCUACAAUACGCUCAUGUGUCGCUCCGAUCUUGAGCUGCAGUUGAAAUGCUUCCACCAAGAUGACCGACAGAUGAACACAAAUUGGCCGCACACGGUAACAGUAUCUGCCAAUGCUACGCCCCUCACCAUUGAACGCUCCGAGAAGACGGGUCAAGCAUUGCGGCCGCUAUAUCUCAAGGCGGUAUGUCAACCCGGACGCAAUACUCUGCAAUUAACCGCUAGUUCCUGCUGUUGUUCCCACUUGUUCGUGCUGCAGCUAGUCCAUCGACCCUCUGUGCGGCAUGUACUCCAAAGUCUGCACAAACGCAACUGCUUACCCGUAGAUCAUUGUGUGGCCAAAAUCAAACGCAACUUCAUGGUCUGCUCAACGACCAACGGCCCACUAGAACCCGGCGCUGGCAACAUGGAAGCGACCAAAUGCACCAAGAUCUCAUUGAAAUGUCCGAUCAUGAAGUCUCGAAUACGCAUGCCUGCGCGAGGACACGAGUGCAAGCAUAUCCAGUGUUUCGAUCUGGAGGCAUAUCUGCUUAUGAAUUGCGAACGUGGCGCCUGGCGGUGUCCAGAAUGCAAUAAACCUGCGCUAACCGAAAGCUUAGAGAUCGAUCAGUAUGUCUGGGCCAUUUUGGAUAAACUGAAUGGCACGGAUGUGGACGAGGUCAUUGUCGAUUCGAGUGGUAAUUGGCGUGCGGCGCAAGGUAUUCAUCAAGGCUCUCCACUCACUGCGAUGUCGGCGCAAAUGCCCAGCCCAAUGGCAGGACAGAUGGUUGGUCAAGUGCCCGGCGGACAAAUGCCAGGACAAAUGGGCGGCCAGGCACCUAACCAAAUGGGUGGACAGAUGCCAGGGCAAAUGGGCGCACAGAUGCCCGGUCAAAUGCCAAGUCAGAUGCCAGGACAAAUGGGUCAGAUGGUGGGAAGCCAAAUGCCCGGUCAAAUGCCUAAUCAAAUGCCCGGACAAAUGGGUGCUCAGAUGGUAGGCCAGAUGGCCGGUCAGCUGAGUGGCCCCAAUGUACCCACCAUUAAACAGGAAAACACAUUUGACGAUCAAUCAAAAGUUAUGUCACCAUGGGACAACUCGCAGGCGAUGAGUCCUUACAUGCAACACGACAUGAAUGCGGGCACGCCCAAUGUACCCGGCGCUGGUCAAAUACGCAGUCCUUUUGAUAUGUAUGGCGGUGGUGACGUUGGCGUCGCCGAUCAGCAUGCAGGUGACACAGCCAAUUCUCUGGACCAGCUUAACGCCAUGGAGAAAAGCUUAACAGAUCAAAUGCCUCACACGCCGCACACACCAAUGCACCCGAUGACGCCCGGCGGUCCACCAAGUGUCAGCUCGGCGCAUAACGAGCCAUCGACACCCAAUGCGAAUAUUUCAAACUCCUCACCACAAACACCUGGCACACCCGGCCAACCCGGCGGCCCUGCAUCCAAUCGUGCGAAUGAAUCACACCAACAGCAACAACAUUCACAACAGUCAGUCCAGCAAUCGCAGCAAGAGCAAAUAAUAAAUUCGCUAAUCAACUCACAGCCGAACGGCUUGUCGAAUCUCAACGAAACGGAUUUGAAUGCGGAAUUGAAUAUGGACAACAAUGACGGUUCCGGAGACUUGAAUUUGCUGCCGGAUGUUGAUCCCAUGGAAAUUCUGUCGUACUUGGAUCCACAACCCGAUCUGAAUACGCCACCAUCGAGCGGUUCGAGCAACAACAACAACAAUGACGACAUACUUUCGACGUUAUUCGAUUGAGACCAUCUACUGAAGGAGCUGUUGUAAACGAAAUGUCAAACCGCAACAAUCAACUAACAACAACAAAGCGAACUCUCUCGUAAAAGCGUUGAGGUGUGAGAACUUUAGCAACACAAACCACCAAUGUGACACGUGUACAUACAUAAAUACAUAAGAUGCAACAGGGUAUCAAAAGAACGGCAUAAGUCAAUAAAUCGGGCGGCAACUCGUCGUAACAUUUCCACUUACGAAGAAUAACAAAAACAUACCUCGGCAUACAGUUAUACAUAUUGUACGAGAGUAAUAAACAAUAUUUGGUGUUUCUUCGAAAACAGAGUAUAAUAAAAUGAAAAAAUUCAAAGUUUAAAAGUUUAGAGAGAAAAAUGCAAAAUUUUUUAUGAAAUUGCCAUAUUUAUUUUUUUGUUUAUAAACUUUCAACGAAAAUCAAAUUUUACCAAAAUUAAGUAGAAAUGAACUUGCAGUAGUUGCGCUUAGAGCAGUGUUUUAUGAAACAACAAACACACCAACAAGCAUAUAGACGAAAAUUACUAAAAUGAAAUUAAAAAUAUAGCAAUUUCUUUGAAAGCUAACUUUCGAGCUGUAUAUACUUAGUAUUAUUAAUGUUUUAACACACUUAAAUGCAGCAAAAAAGCAAUUGCAAAAAUGAAUAUUCACGAACUUUGCGGUGACAAGUCUAUAGAACCCUUUAGCGCGCUUUUUUGGUAGGCAACCUUGUACAGUGACUGCACCUUUUCGCCAAAAUUUCCCUUAAAAACAAUGUUUGCAUGAAGUUUGAAUUAUGAAAGCUCCAAUAGUGAAAGCUCCAGGAGUGAAAGCUUUCGAUGCAUGAAUGCUCCAACAGUGAAAGCUUUCGAUGCAUGAAAGCUUAAAGCUCACUUUGCCUGCUUAAAAAAGAAACAAUGCUUUGGUGUGAAAAAUGUAAAAAGAAAUAAUUAAAGUUACAACAAAUACACGCAUAAAUUAAUGCUAAAAUAAUUCAAAAACAAUGAAAUGUGAUUUUAAACCGUAAAAAAAACUACUUCGUUAUAAAUUUUAAAUGUACAAAGUUUCAUGCUUUACAAAUGACGGAUUUACUAAAAAAAAGUUGACAGCGCCUGACAAAAAAAUAGUUACUUUGAGCAGGAAAAUGUUAUUUUACACAAAAGCAACUGUUUUUUUUGCCUGCAUUAAGUUUAAAUAUUUUUUUUUAUACACAUGUAAUUGUUGAACAGUAUAUACAAAUUUGAGUUUUUUAUACGCGUGUUUCCAACAAAAAUUGCGCUUUUAAAUUAUUUUUUUACACAAAAUCUUUACGUCUUUGACAUUCAUAUAAAAUUGCGAACGGAAAAUAGUGAUGUUUCAUGUAAGAAAUAUGUAAGAAUGUGUUAGGGCAAACAUUUUUCAAUGUUUCCAUUGUACAAAGUAUUAAAAUAAAAUAAAAUUUAAAUAAAGAAAUAAAUAAAAAGUAACUAUUAUAAAAAAAUAUUAAUUUACGUGUAUAUUAUAAAAAAAAAAAAUAAAUUUAAAUAUAAAAUAAAUAAAAAAUGUGCAGACACUAUGCAAGCAGCAUAAUUACACACAUACUUAUGUAUAUACACAUUUGUAGGUGUGUGUUUAUAUAUUUAAAUAAGCUUAAUAACUUUACAUUUAACAAUUUGCUGUGUGUUAGUGUGAGCGCGUGCGAAAAUUGAGAAGCGUGUGUGUCGUAGCGUAGGUGACAAAGUAUAAAAGAAACAAAAACAAAAGCAAAAAAGAAAAAUUAAAAUUCAAUUGUUGCAUAAUUUUAAUAAACAUUUUUUUAAUUAAUUGUAGCAUUAAAAAUUAUAUACACACAUACAUGCUUAUAUAAAAGAUAACGCAUACAUAUGUAAAUAGUUACUUAAAACGGUAAAUAAGUAGUAAGGAGCACAUCACUAAUUUGUAUGUAUGUGUGUAUCUAUGUAAAUACUGAUAUAUGCUUCUAUAUACAUCUACACAUAUACAAACAUACAUACAUAUAUGAUUGCUGAAAUUAAAACUCUAAGUGUGCGUAUAUACAUACAUAAACAAUAUGUGCAUAAAUAUAUAUGUAUGCAUUUUAGUUUUACUUAAAAUCCUAACAAUCAAGCAGAAUUAAAAACUAUCAUCUAAGCAAACGGAAAAAAUCAUAAAAUAAAAUAAAAAAUUUUAAAAAUCAUAAAAUCCCUACAACAACAAAAAGUAUGCAAAAGAAUAUUGAAUUUAAUUUGUGCUAGACAUUAAGCAGCAGAAAAUCUUAUUCUAAUUGAUAAGUUACACAAAUGUAUGUGUGUAAAAAAUAUAAGCAGUAAGAAAUAUAUAUACAUACAUACAUAUACAUAUAUGUAUAUAUAUAUUUAACCUUAAAAUCGUAGUGACAAAGUAAAACUAUCUAAUAAAACUUAAAUAAUAUGCUUAAAGUAUUUAAAUACAUAUUAUGUGCAUGUAGCUAUACAUACAUACAUACAGCGGUAUUUGAUGAAAACAUAAAUAUUGUAAAUACAUACAUAAAUAAUUUUGCGUGAAAAAAUGAUGGCAUAUAAAUAUAUUUAAAAAAAAAAGUGAAUUGAAAUUGAUACAAAGUACACAAAAAUAAAAAAGUAUUAAAAACAACAACAAAUUGUGAUUUUUCUUUUCAUUUGCACUUAUGUUUUAACAACAAAUCGGAACAGAAACACUUGACAGGCGGAUUUUAUACGAGUUAUUGCGCGCACUUUUGAAAUAUUCUUAAAUUUUGCUUACAAGCCAAGCAAAACAAAUAAAAACAAAUUAUUUUAGAUGAAACAACAAUAAAAAUGUCCGAAGCAGAACAGCAAAAACACUAAAAGGCCGCGUUGUGGUUGUUGUAUGUUGGUCUGGCAUAAUUCGUAUGCUUAUAACAACAACACUGAUUAUUUUUUAGUAGUCCCGCUGUAUAAUUUUCAGAAAAUUUCGAAUUUUACUGUAUAACUAUAAAAUUAUUAAAUUUGCCUGCAAAUUUCAUUUUUAUUCAAUAUUUAAUUUUUCAUUUAUAUUUUUAAUUGAAAAUCUGACAAAUUUCUUCUUUAUAUGCGAAAACUUACAUAAUUAAUAAAAAAAAGUUUUGGUAAAAGCGAAAUAUGUAUUUUGAUAUUUUUAAAAACGAAUACGUGAACUUUUUAAUGAAUGAAAAACCGAAUUUAGUAAACAAAAAAUAUUAAAAUACCCUUUAUUAGUUAUUUUUUUAAUUAUUACUAAUUUUCCGAUUCUUUAGCGGGCGGCAAAUGGUAAAAAUAAUAAUAUUUUUGUCAUCCAGUUGUUUAAGAAAAAAAAUAUUUCUUGUAAAUAAUUUGGUUUUACUUGAACAUUCACAAAAACGAAAGAUUUCACAGCAAAAUAACAAAAAAAAAUAUGGUAAAAUAAAUUUAAUUAAAAAAUAAUAAUAAUGAGAAAGCAUACAUAAUUACUCUUCUCUAGUUAAAUGAAUCUUAACUUUUCCCUCAAAAUGAAAAAAAAAAACUAGUGAUUGUGAGCGGAGCAUAAAAAUAAUAAUAAAUUAAAUAUAUAAAAUUAUAUAAUGUUUGAAUAUAUUUAAAAUAUAAAAUCAAUAAAAAAAAACUCAACAGAAUUACAAAAAUACAUAAAAAAAGAAUCUAUUAAAAGUUCACAUACAAAUUAUUAAAAACAGAUAAAAAAAAUGAUAAAAAUGCAUAAGAAAUAAUUUCAACAAAAAAUUAUAAUUUCAUGAACGUUUAAGAAAUCUUAAACACAUAAUAACACAAAGAUAUUUAAUGAAAAUUUAGUAGUGGUUUCAAUGUAAAACAAAACUGAAAAACUCAAAAAAUGUAAUAAGCAUAGCAAAAAAAUAAGACAAAAAUAAAAUGAAAUUAAAUAAAAUAAAAAAGUUAAGAAAAAAAUUAAUUAAAAAAUAAAAUAAUGCUAAAUAAAUCAAGUAAUUUUAGUAACAUAUAGUUAUGCUAAAAUCUGCUUGCCACAAUCUUAGCACAAGGUUUAUUAUUUGCUCGGUGAAAAGGAUCCAUUAUAUAUAUGUAUGUUUGUUUAUAGAAGCAAAUUACAAUAAAAAUGAAAAAGAGAAAAAAAAUACAAUUCAAAAUAUUUAAAUAAGAAUUAAGUAACAAAAAUGCGCAAAAUGUGAUUUUUAUUAUAAAUAAAAAUGCACAGAGAUUUCGAGCAAUAUGCCGAUUUACAAAAUUUAUGUUAAAAAAUAACAAGAAAGUAAUGAGAAAAACAAAACAAAAAAUAAACGAAUAAGUAUUUAAAACAUAUUUGUGUACAUAUUAAAAAAACUAAAAAUAUUUAAAUAAAUUAAAUUUAGCGUAAGCGAGCAUAUGGUCAGUGGCAGCGUGUUGAUUAUUGCGCAGAAUGCGAGUCGAUAUAUUAAGAAUGACAUGAGAUGAAAAUAAAAGAAUUACGGAAAAAAGUUA